UCGUUGCGUGCGAGGGGGGCGACGUAAGGGCGCUCCGCGAGCCCGUCUCUCCUCGAAUGAAAGGAAACAACCUCCGGCGACAGAGCCCCGCUCCCAGGCGCUGCCGGAGAACCGACACCGACUUCUUUCUCUUUCCCCUCAUUGGCGCUUCUCCCCUGCCGUUCGCCUCUGGGCCCCGCCGGAAAAGGUUUCAUUGUUGGGCGAAAGCAUCAAAGUUUGAUCUCUGCGUGCCCUGAAAAACCUUUUACGCUGAAAUUAAAAUGCCACAUAGCUGCGUGGAUCGUUAUGAACCCCUUAAUAUUGGUCCUUGGAAUGCCCUUAUUCUCCUUAACGAGAGACCACAACAUUUCUUGAGGCUUAAAGUGGCAUUCUAAAAGCAAUUUAAAAAUCAUGUCAAGCUCAGUUGAACAGAAAAAAGGGCCCACAAGACAGCGCAAAUGUGGCUUUUGUAAGUCAAAUAGAGACAAGGAAUGCGGACAGUUACUAAUAUCUGCAAACCAGAAGGUGGCAGCGCACCAUAAGUGCAUGCUCUUUUCAUCUGCUUUGGUAUCAUCACACUCUGAUAACGAAAGUCUUGGUGGAUUUUCUAUUGAAGAUGUCCAAAAGGAAAUUAAAAGAGGCACGAAGCUGAUGUGUUCUUUGUGCCAUUGUCCUGGAGCCACAAUUGGUUGUGAUGUGAAAACCUGUCACAGGACGUACCACUACCACUGUGCAUUGCAUGAUAAAGCUCAGAUACGAGAGAAACCUUCACAAGGAAUUUACAUGGUGUAUUGCCGAAAACACAAGAAAACCGCACAUAACUCUGAAGCUGAUUUAGAAGAAAGUUUUAAUGAACAUGAACUGGAGCCCUCAUCACCUAAAAGUAAAAAGAAAAGUCGCAAAGGAAGGCCACGAAAAACCAAUUUUAAAGGGCUGUCGGAAGAUACCAGGUCUACAUCCUCCCAUGGAACAGAUGAAAUGGAAAGUAGUUCCUAUAGAGAUAGGUCUCCACAUAGAAGCAGCCCUAGUGACACCAGGCCUAAAUGUGGAUUUUGUCAUGUAGGGGAGGAAGAAAAUGAAGCCAGAGGAAAACUGCAUAUAUUUAACGCCAAGAAGGCAGCUGCACAUUAUAAGUGCAUGCUGUUUUCUUCUGGCACAGUCCAGCUCACGACGACAUCAAGGGCAGAAUUUGGAGAUUUUGAUAUUAAAACUGUACUUCAGGAGAUUAAGCGAGGAAAAAGAAUGAAAUGUACACUUUGCAGUCAGCCCGGUGCUACUAUUGGAUGUGAAAUAAAAGCCUGUGUUAAGACUUACCAUUACCACUGUGGAGUACAAGACAAAGCCAAAUACAUUGAAAAUAUGUCACGAGGAAUUUACAAACUAUAUUGUAAAAAUCAUAGUGGAAAUGAUGAGAGAGAUGAAGAAGAUGAGGAACGAGAGAGUAAAAGCCGGGGAAAAGUAGAAAUUGACCAGCAGCAACUAACUCAGCAGCAACUUAAUGGAAACUAGGUUCAUGGGACAGAGUUAGAAAACUGGGAAUUGAAUAAGACAUCCAUAACUACUAUGCUUUUUUCACUGUUUUCUAAAAUCAAAAAGGGUUUGUAACUUUUUACUGCCCAACUCUUAGAUCCUUCAUUGAACCGCCUAAAAACGUCUUUUGUUUGUUUUAUGAGCCUUCACUAGAUGGCAGAAUUUGACAUGUUGCUAUUACGUAGCUGUAGUUUGCAGUUUCUGGGAAGCAGUUGAAACACUAUUAACCCUGUGUUUAGUGUCGACAGUUAAAGCAGACAUUGAAAUGAAGUAAGCUAUAUUUCUGGACUGAACAAAGUUCUACUGUUUAGAGUGUCUAAGUUUGUUUAGUGGAUUCAUACUCAAGGGAGAGCAUAAGCAAAUUUCACUUUACAGUGCAAACACGCCUCUGGUGGCGACACAUGGGAAUUUGUGCUUUUUUUUUUUUUUUUUUUUUUGCUUUUUUUUUUUCCACACUCAAGUAAUGGAUACUAGAAAUGAAGAGAACCUUCUUUUUCUCUUGGCUUUGACAGCACAUGCUAAAAAUCUCUUCCAAGAAGUGUGCUAAAGCUUUUCAUUUCGUCCCUGUUAAAGUUGUUCUCACUGACCAGCAUGCACUCGGGCAACUGGUGAUAAGUUAUGAGCUCCGGUGCGCCUCUGCCAAACUUCUCUUGACAGUAAACCUCUUCUCUUAUGUCAUACAAAGAACUUCUAGCAAAAUUAUUGGAUCCUCUCAAGUUGAAACUAACAUUUGGCAACAGCAAAUUGAACCUCUUUAAGAUGUAAAGGGUUACCACUCACUAAGGACUUCAGCCACCAUGUCGGAAAUCGGUUCCUCUCAAGUGCCGUGUGGUGUGGAACACUUCAUGUAUUGGCCCAGAGUAUGUAAGGAGGUCUCAUGUGCUGUAGGAGUCAAAAAACAGCCUGCAGAAAACAGUAUUUAUUUUUAAUUUUGUGACCACUAUUUUAAAAAAAAAAUUAUUUAAUAUUUUUAAUGUUUUCGUUCAUUGCUUUGCUUAUCUAUCAAAUAGGCUUUCGUGCCCUCCUUUUCUUCUGGUAGGGCCUGGUGGUGUUCUUUCAAUCAUCGAAGUUGUUUUUCGAAGCCUAAGAACCCAGCUGUUUAGAAAGGAUUUUCACACUGGCAUUCCCAGCUCGUGAUAUUUUCUCCCACUUACCUGCUGAAGCACAUUUAUAUAUUUCUUUAUGGCAAAACCAAAAAACUUCAGUUGUGGUCUGCCUAAUAUUACCAUAGCACCUCAAUAUUCAAAGGUAGGGCUUCUGAUUUCUGAAUUAUUAGUUAACCUACCACAUUAAAGCAGAUUAGCAAACAAGAAAUACCGUGUUAACUUGACUGUGCAUCGAGAUAUUCUGCAGCUUAUGGAAAAGCAUUUUUAAAAUGUAACAGGUGGAAAAUUACACUGUGCUUAAUGACUGAUUUUUUUUUUUUUUCUUAACCGCUAGUCCCUUAAGGUCACAUUUGUCGAGCGUGUAUUCACUUAAGUCAAGGGACUUGAUGAUUGCUUUAUUUUAACCAUCUUUUAUUAUUUUUAGAAGGAAACUAGCUUUAGUGGGGUUGCCCUAUAUGUUUUUCUCCUUUUGCUCUAAAUAUGCCAUUGGGUGUUUUUUUUUUUGUUUUUUUUUUUUAUGUUGUGUGUAUGUGAUGAAUUUUCAAAAUUCACCAUGACUUGAAGUGCAACGACAGAUCUAGAUGUUUGUUUACCAAGCUAUGUGACUUUUCCCAAAGGAUCUGUACUUUAUUUCCUUACAACAGCUUGAAACCUGUUAUUUUAAAUCUUUGAAUCACUGUGUCUUGAUCAUUUUUACAUGGUGUGCCAUACACUUACCCACGGAACAAUAGAGCACCUUCAUUUUUGGACAACUACUGUAACGAUGUUCUUAGGAAAAAUGGAAGGUGCCGGGGUAGAAAUGGCCAGUCGAUGAUCAUAUCAUGGACUUCAAAUACUUAGCUGUCAGUCGAUGGAUUUGCUAUGUAACAAGUGUAUACCUUUGUAUGGGUGUCUUCAACCCUUUCUCUGCCACUAGCAACCAGAAUAGCACUUUACCUUUUGGUUGGCUAGAAUAAGUGGCUGGCUACCUAUCUUUCUCACUGUGGUGUGAUUGGCUAAACAGUCUUUCAUUAAAAGUUGAAAUGAAAUGUAAAUUGAAGUCACAUGAAAAAUCACCUUUGGUUGUAAACCUCCAAUACUUUGAUUCUCCAUCCAUGUCUUCGUCACAUGCUGAGUAAAAAGUGCCUUACAAUGUAAAAAUUGUACAGUACUUAUGUUCCCAAGUAGCAGCAUCAUCUUCUGGGUAGUAAUUACAUUGUGGUAUGAAUAUUUAGAAAAAUGGACCUCAGCAGUGUAUUUACUGUUCAUCUCUUAAGUCCUUAACCGUAGUUUUAAUAAGCAUGACAUUAUUUGAUAAGUAUAUAACACGUACGUCAUUUCAAAAAAUACUGCCAUGACUGUCUUUUAUGCAUAUUUUAGCUUGAAAUUUUGAAGCGUCUUUUCUUUCCUUUUUUUCCCCCUCUGUUUUGUUUUGUUUUCGUUAUUGAUAUUCAACAGUGUAAUCUUUGCAAGCGUAUAUUGAAGAUUAUUCUGGAGCAUUUAUUGCCUUACCAGAACUGUUAGUAAGAAAUGUUCUUUAGAGUAGAAAGAUAGACUUGAGUUUCUAUACUUUAAUAAGAGCUCUUUGUUCCUGGGGGGAGGGGGAGGGGGUGUGAAUUUUACUUUUCAUCUCAAUUUAUUAAAAACCCACAGCUGAAAUACAUUUUAUUUCAAAGAUCAGCAAUUUUAGAAUUUCAGAUAGUACUUGCUCAGGAGUACGUGCUACUCAAGAUACUAAGAGAAUAACAAGAUAUGUAGAUCUACUGUUGAAUCAGAAUCUAUGUACUUGAACAAAUGUGUGAAUCUUAAAUAUCUCAAAGAAAAAGAAAAGUGUUCUAGAAUGUUGUUGCUUUUUUGAAAAGCACUAAAGGUUAGACCAAGGUAUACAGUUUUGUUCUAACAGACAUUUAGGUUAACUGUAAAGAUAAGGAAUGCAUUAUGGGUCAAAAUCAAACAUUCCUCUCAUGUUAUGUAUAUUUUGUUCCUGUUAUAUUGGCUUUAUUUUCAAAAUUGUAGUUUGUAGUAUUAGUUUCCUUUUAUUGGUAUUCUUGCAUAUACUAUUCAUUCAAUAAAUGAGUUAUGACUUUCA